CUUAACGCGCUGCAAUAGAUAUCUUCACAGCAUUCGCGACCCAGCGGCAGCUUCGGACGGUCGCGGCGCGGACCUUGGCGCGGGAAAUGCUAAAAAUGCCGACGCGGUGAACUGCGCUGCCCGAGCCCGCCGAGCGUCCCAAACACUUCUAACAAUGUUACGACAUUUAUUGGUACUGCGUUGGAGUCCGGGCGCGCAGCUCGGCGUGAGGCAGUUUUCAGAAUUUCUGCCGAGCCGACGCGAUGAACUAUGCCGCCCGAGCCCGCUGACCGCCUCAAACGCUUCUAUGAAUGUCUCGACACCGAGCGGCACUGGGCUGGAGGCCGGGCGAGCAGCCCGGUUGCGCCUGGGCGCCUGGGGGAGCGCUCUCGACGGCCAGCUUCGCGCGGCCGCGGCGCAGACCUCGGCGCGAGAAAUGCUAAAAAUGCCGACGCGGCGAACUAUGCUGCCCGAGCCCGCUGAGCGGCCCAAACGCUUCUAUUAAUGUCUCGACACCGAGCGGCGCUGCGCUGGAGGCCGGGCGAGCAGCCCGGCGCGAGGCUGCUUCUGGAAAUUUGCCGAGCAUCGUUCCCGAACUCGCUCUCCCGGCCGCCCGGCGCCCCGCUGAUGCGAUUGUAUAUCAGUAAAUGAUAUGUUGAAUUCAUAUUAUGCACAUAUCGGCGCGGGCUCGCGCCGGAGUGCGCGCGGGACCGCUCGCAAGGUUUUUAUGCUCGUGAAACCGUCGCGACCUUUUUUCUCCGCGCGCGGCCGGCGCCGCGCCCCCAUUUUUGAUAUCGUGCAUAUCUAUUAUGCGAGUGCUACAAUACUGUAUAUCACCGGCGGCCGCGCGCCCCCGGCGAGCGGAAGGGCGAGUGUACGGCGCGCACGCACGCACGCACGGACGCACGCAGUGAAAUUUUGAGGGCGACACAUCCCUCCGCAAUCGGAGAUUGCUCCGGGAACAUGACGGGAUGCUGACGCAUCCCCCCGGAGCAAAUUGGAGGGGGGGGGAGGUUGGGGCAGGUUGGACGGCACUUGGGGAGGGUGGGGGUGCAGGGGCGUGUGUGGGGGUGGGUUUGGGCAUUUCCUUGGCUGGCACGGGCUGCCGCCGGACGCCUGGGAGCGCUGUCGAGGGCUAGGCACGGAAUGCAGGCAGCGGGGAGGGCGCGCGGUGUUGUGGGUGUCCUGUUCUGUGUGCGGGUGCCCAUGGGGUGGACGGGUGGAAAGGGGAAGGCGUGUGUAGGCGCGCAAGUGCUCGGAGUGCGCGCCGAGUGACCUUAACGCGCUGUAACAGAUAUCUUCG